UUUUAGAUAUUAUGCUAAUUUAUAUAUUCUUUGGUAUUAUGUUACUGUUGCUAAAGAAUUAAGAGAUAAGAACUGCUGAAUUCUUGCAAGAACGAACGGAUUAUAUCGUUUCGAUGUUGCUUUCACCGGCAAUGCUGCCUCAUCUGAAUGCAGCGUUUAGGAAUGGUAGUUCGAGAACGCUUGAUGUUGAAUCCGAACAACCACCCACUACUUCUGGUAAUGUUCAAAAACGGAUUCAGUGUGGUUUAAUAAGUGAUUUAUCAAGGAGUGGCUUGUCAACGAUAGUUAAUGCUGAUGAUAUCACGAAUGCAGCGGACGCUAGUAAUAGUGGUACGGUGGACCAAACCGAUCUUAUCGAAGCUAUUACGUUCGCAUCACUUUAUGGUUUCCAGGCAGUGCCAAUACGUAUCAAAAUAUUGUUACACCGUGCAUUGUCUACACUGACAAAAAAACGAGCCGAGGCAAUCAUUCGACGUACUGGUUGGAAAAUAGAUGAUUUUGAGAGAGGAUUUAUCCAAGAGGAUGUUAAGACGGGUAAACCUCUGAAUAAUUGGAUGUGUGCUAAUGUGCAGUGCGAACUGCAACUUAUGGAUCGUUUCACGGGUAUUACUUCGUGUGCCGAUCUGGUUGAUCCACUUCGCCGAUCACUCGUGCCAUCGUUUCUGCAUAGUUGGCCAUCAUUUAUAGGAUUUCCACCACCAGUGUUGAAUGUUUCUCAAGGAUCAGUUGCCGAUAUGCUUUUACGACCUUGUUCUCGAGUAUCGGAAUCAACGAGUGGUUGUGAAGCAUCUGCAAGUGAUGAGCAUAUUUCAUCGGAGUUAAUUGCUGAUGAGGUCGAUGAAAUUGUCGGGAAGGGAAUGGUGCAGCAGCUACAACAUCAGCAGCAACAGCAGCAGCAACAAAAAAAACAACAACAUGAGGAGACGACAGUAAUCGAUGAAGGGGUCGUCAAAUUUGAUGCUGCACCAUUCAUCGAGAGUAGCGAUUUGAAAGCGAAACCGAUUACUCAGACACCGAAAAGUAGUGGCAAGAGACGGGUGCAGUGCUUGAAAUGUUUCAAGACAUUCUGUGAUAAAGGAGCACUAAAAAUACACAACAGUGCAGUACAUCUGAAAGAAAUGCACAAGUGUACAGUAGAAGGAUGUGAAAUGAUGUUUUCAUCAAGACGUAGCAGAAAUCGACAUUCAGCUAAUCCUAAUCCAAAGCUGCACACUUCUGCUACACAAAGGCAGUUUGAUUCAUUCAGUGGUGAUAAUUCGCGUGACAGUUCUGUUCCAAAAAUGGAUAAUUUGCUAUAUUUUGCCGGUUCAUCGGAAGCAGGCAUAAAUGCUCAUUCGCCACUUUCGCAAAAUAGUGAUAUUUCCACAUCAACACGACCAAAAUUGACUCCAGAAAAGAAUAGUCAUUUUGGGACGCGCAAACGUAAGUGUGAUAGGCCGGUCAAGUUGGCAGUUACUGAUGAAAUAACACAGCAAACGAAACGGGAACCAUGCAGUUCUACGGUAGCGGGAGCAGUAUCAGUCUCAGAAUAUAGUGAAGCAUCAGCAACUAUACCGCUGGAUCUUACUAAUGGCAAAGCAGAUUCGAAACAGCUCUCUAGUACUAUUAUCGUUGAACCUACCGGUCUUCCCCCGACAUUAUUUGCACCCGCAGCAGCACCAAAUUCAGCCAUGUUAACACCGAUUACGGAAAUGGUACGAAUAUUACAACAAGCUCAUAUGUUCAAUUCACAUCGACACAAUGGUACUGCUGGUGUUCAAGGUGGUUUUAGCUUGCUGCAACUCAUGCAUGAGCAAGCUAAUGUUGGGAAAUGAAGAAUGGAGCUGAUUUGAUUCCGGC